AUGGCCACAAAUGCAAUGACAAAGUCGAAUCUGAUCGAUAUCGGAGCUAAUCUUACGCAUAAGUCAUUCAGACAGAACCUUUCGCAAGUGUUGGAACGAGCAGGAAAAGCUCAAGUUUCGGAUAUUAUUAUCACAGGCACAAGUUUAUCGGGAAGUCGGGAAGCUAGUCGUCUAACAGUGAAAUACAAUCAAGAACAGCAGCUUGUGAGGCUUUAUUCGACAGUUGGUAUUCAUCCACAUGAUGCAACCCGCCAUUCGGCGUACAAUUAUCGUGAACAACUUGUUGAUAUCGUACAGAAUAAUAAAACUGUAGUCGCUCUAGGUGAAUGUGGUCUUGAUUACGAUCGUAAUUUCUCAACACACGAUGAUCAAAAACGUGUCUUUGAUACGCAAUUACAACUUGCUUGCGAUUAUAAUCUUCCAUUAUUCAUGCAUGAACGAUCAGCUUCGACAGAUAUGUUAUCUAUGCUAGCUAAUUAUUCUCAGCACAAGAAUUUCCGCGGUGUGAUACAUUGUUUUACACAUGGAUCGCUUGACAUUCUCCAGAAGUAUCUUGCACUUAAUCUCUACAUUGGAAUUACCGGAUGGGUAUGCGAUGAACGACGCGGUAAAGACUUAGCUAAAUUGGUUCCACACAUUCCAUUAGAUCGUCUUUUAAUUGAAACCGACGCACCGUUUCUGUUGCCGAGGAACUUACCAAAACCUUGGCCACAUGAAAACGAGCCCAGCUGCUUGCCUUAUGUUGUGAAGAAAUUAGCCGAAUGUUACUCUGUUUCAACCGAUGAAAUUGCACAACGUUCAACGGAGAAUGCGAAAAAACUAUUUAAUAUAUGA